AUGAAGUUAAGUCGCCAGUUCACCGUGUUCGGCAGCGCGAUCUUCUGCGUCGUAAUUUUCUCACUCUACCUGAUGCUGGACAGGGGUCACUUGGACUACCCUCGGGGCCCGCGCCGGGAGGGCUCCUUCCCGCAGGGCCAGCUUUCAAUAUUGCAAGAGAAGAUAGACCAUUUGGAGCGCUUGCUAGCUGAAAAUAAUGAGAUCAUCUCAAAUAUCAGAGACUCAGUCAUCAACCUGAGCGAGUCCGUGGAGGACGGUCCGAAAGGUUCACCAGGCAAUGGCAGCCAGGGCUUGGCACGCUUGCUUUCCUCACAGUCAGCCCUCCAGGUUGACCCCAAGGAUUGUCUGUUUGCCUCACAGAGUGGAAGCCAGCAUCCAGAUGUGCAGAUGUUGGAUGUUUAUGAUCUGAUUCCUUUUGAUAACCCAGAUGGUGGCGUUUGGAAGCAAGGAUUUGACAUUAAGUAUGAAGCUGAUGAGUGGGACAGUGAGCCCCUUCAAGUUUUUGUGGUGCCUCAUUCCCAUAAUGACCCAGGUUGGUUGAAGACUUUCAAUGACUACUUUAGAGACAAGACUCAGUAUAUUUUUAAUAACAUGGUCCUAAAGCUGAAAGAAGACUCAAGCAGGAAGUUUAUAUGGGCUGAGAUCUCUUACCUUUCAAAGUGGUGGGAUAUGAUAGAUAUUCCGAAGAAGGAAGCUGUUAAAAGCUUGCUACAGAAUGGUCAGCUCGAGAUUGUGACGGGUGGCUGGGUUAUGCCUGACGAAGCCACGGCACAUUAUUUUGCCUUAAUUGACCAACUAAUUGAAGGGCAUCAAUGGCUGGAAAAAAAUCUAGGAGUGAAACCUCGAUCAGGUUGGGCCAUAGAUCCUUUUGGACAUUCACCAACAAUGGCUUAUCUUCUAAAACGUUCUGGAUUUUCCCACAUGCUCGUCCAGAGAAUCCAUUAUGCCGUGAAAAAACACUUCUCUUUGCAAAAAACUCUGGAAUUCUUUUGGAGACAGAAUUGGGAUCUUGGAUCCGUCACAGAUAUUUUGUGCCACAUGAUGCCCUUCUACAGCUAUGACAUCCCUCACACCUGUGGACCUGACCCUAAAAUAUGCUGCCAGUUUGAUUUUAAACGGCUUCCUGGAGGCAGAUAUGGUUGUCCCUGGGGAGUCCCACCCGAAGCAAUAUCUCCUGGAAAUGUGCAAAGCAGGGCUCAAAUGCUACUAGAUCAGUACCGGAAAAAGUCCAAACUUUUCCGUACUAAAGUUCUCCUGGCUCCUCUGGGAGACGAUUUCCGGUUCAGUGAAUACACAGAGUGGGAUCUGCAGUACAGGAAUUACGAGCAACUAUUUAAUUACAUGAACUCUCAACCCAGUCUUAAUGUGAAGAUUCAGUUUGGAACUUUAUCUGACUAUUUUGAUGCACUGGAAAAAGCAUCUGAGAAGAGUGCCCAGUCCCUGUUCCCUGUCCUGAGUGGAGACUUCUUCACUUACGCCGACCGAGACGAUCAUUACUGGAGUGGCUACUUCACAUCCAGACCUUUCUACAAACGCAUGGAUAGGACCAUGGAAUCGCGUCUCCGGACUGCUGAAAUUCUUUACCAUUUGGCCUUGAAGCAAGCUCAGAAAUACAAGAUAAAUAAGUUCCUCUCAUUACCACACUACACAACACUGACAGAAGCCAGAAGGAACUUAGGACUGUUUCAGCAUCACGAUGCCAUCACAGGAACUGCGAAAGACUGGGUGGUCGUGGAUUAUGGUACCAGACUCUUUCAGUCACUAAAUUUUUUGGAGAAGAUAAUUGGAGAUUCUGCAUUUCUCCUCAUCUUAAAGGAUAAAAAGAUGUACCAGUCUCAGCCUUCUGACACCUUCUUGGAGAUGGACAUGAAGCAAAUUUCACAAGAUUCUCUGCCAAAAAAAACUGUGAUACAACUGAAUGCACAGGAGCCCAGGUAUCUCGUGGUCUACAAUCCUUUUGAACAAGAACGGGCCUCGGUGGUGUCCGUCUGUGUGAACUCUGCUGCAGUGCAAGUGCUGUCUGAUACAGGAAAGCCCAUGGAGGUUCAAGUCAGCGCAGUCUGGAAUGACGCAAGAACCAUUUCACAAACAGCCUAUGAGGUGUCUUUUCUAGCUCAUAUACCACCUCUGGGAAUGAAAGUGUACAAGAUCAUAGAAUCACAGAGUUCGAGUUCACACAUGGCUGACUAUUUCCUGUAUAAUGGUGGCGUAGCAGAAAAUGGAAGAUUCCUCGUGAAGAACAUGAUAGGUGCGGGGGAUGCUAUAACUAUAGAGAACUCCUUCCUUGCGCUAUGGUUUGACCGAUCUGGGCUUAUGGAGAAAGUGAGAAUGAAAGAAGACGGCAGACACCAUGAAAUGAAGGUGCAGUUUCUCUGGUAUGGAACCACAAGUAGAAGAGACAAAAGUGGUGCCUAUCUCUUCUUGCCCGAUGGGCAGGGCCAGCCAUAUGUUUCCCUACGGCCGCCCCUUGUCAGAGUGACACACGGAAGGAUCUAUUCGGAAGUGACCUCCUUCUUUGAACAUGUGACUCAUACAGUCCGACUGUACAACGUACAGGGAAUAGAAAGGCAGUCGGUGGAAGUUUCGAAUAUUGUGGACAUUCGAACUGUGCAUAACCGUGAGAUUGUAAUGAGAAUUUCAUCAAAAAUAAACAGCCAAAAUAGAUUUUUUACCGACCUGAAUGGAUACCAGAUUCAGCCUAGAAGGACAAUGAGCAAAUUGCCUCUUCAAGCCAACGUUUACCCAAUGAGCACGAUGGCGUACAUCCAGGAUGCCGAGCACCGGCUCACGCUGCUCUCCGCUCAGUCCUUAGGCACUGCCAGCAUGGCUUCUGGUCAAAUUGAAGUCUUCAUGGAUCGAAGACUCAUGCAAGAUGAUAACCGUGGCCUUGGGCAAGGCGUCCAUGAUAAUAAGAUUACAGCUAAUUUGUUUCGAAUCCUGCUGGAGAAGAGAAAUGGUGUGAACACGGAAGAAGAGAAGAAGAGUCCAGUCAGUUAUCCCUCACUCCUCAGCCACUUGACUUCGUCCUUCCUCAAUCAUCCCUUCCUCCCCAUGGUACUGAGUGCCAAGCUCUCCUCGCCCGCUGUCGAGCUGCUGAGUGAGUUGCAUCUGCUCCAGUCAUCUCUACCGUGUGACAUCCAUCUGGUUAACCUGCGCACAAUACAGUCAAAGACGGGCAAAGACUAUUCAGAUGAGGCAGCCUUGAUCCUCCACAGAAAAGGGUUCGAUUGCCAAUUCUCCAGUAGAGGCACGGGGCUCUCCUGUUCUACUACUCAGGGAAAGAUGUCAGUCCCAAAACUUUUCAACAAGUUUGCUGUGGAAAGUCUCACCCUUUCGUCACUGUCCUUGAUGCACUCGCCCCCAGAUGCCCAGAAUAUAAGUGACAUCACCCUGAGUCCCAUGGAAAUCAGCACAUUCCGAAUCCGCCUGAGGUGAAACUGACUGCCGGAUUUGAGUGGAGAAACUCUGGCUUUGUAACUUUCCUUGGUUUCUACGUGCAAUAACUAAGCACAUUACUUUAGCUUCUGGCUACUGUGAGAACAUGAAUUCUGUGAUUUAUUUUUUUUUUAAAGAACCAGUCUAGUAAGAAAAGAAGAAAAAGCCAUGAUUUCAAAAAGGUUUCUUUUUCUAAGUUUGUCCACAAGCUGCCGCCGUCAGUGUGAACUGGUGUUACAAAAAUGAAGACUUACAGGAAGACAACCCCUCAACAGACUGUAUCUCAGGUUAAAUGCUAGCUAAGUAUGUUUGCGUUGAGGGUUGUAUAGAGAUUCUUAAAAAUAUCCACGUUUCAAAUCAUUAGUUUUAUAAAAAAAAAAAUAAAAUACCCAUUUGAAAAUGGAAAGAAAAAUAAACAAAAGUUGGUGGGUAAUAGUUUAAUGGCCAAAAUAGUUGUAAUCAUUGAUCAUUGCUACAAAUUUAAAUUUUUUGUGUGCUUAAAAACAUGUGGAAAAGUGCAAUCCCUCAACCCUUCCGCUAAAUGUAGUUCAUUUUCAUACUCUUUCCCAGUGAACCUCUUCACUGUCCUUUCCUACCCCUACAGUUAAAACAAUAGCUGAUUUUUUAGGCAUUCACCAGUAGAAACAGAGGCAUAUUUUCAUUACUUGACAAUGUGGGAUUGGUGCAAUUUAUUCCAUUGUCACAGAAACAGAAGAAGCAAUUCCAUUUUAGGUACCACAAGGUGUCUUUUUACACAGCUCAUUUGAAUACAGGUGUUCCAAGGCGGGGUUUUCUAUUUUUAAAUUACCAUAUCAAAAAUAAAUGUGCCUUAUUUUUUUAUAAGUCUUGUUAAAUCUUUUGGUGUCCAUAUUACUGUUUGGGAAGGGGAGGGGUGUUGGGAGGCCGGGGCAGGGGGGUAGGUACUUUCUAUGACACAUAAAUUAUAUAAUUUUUCGCUUGAUAAUGCUGGCCACGUUCUGAUCUAUUUCAUUCAAUUUGUGGUGGUGUUAAUCAAAACAUUUUGACUAUUUGAAUGUACUGAGAUGUCAGAAAACAAAACAAGGAAGAAAAAUAUUGUUAAUUAAAAUAUGCUGCUG